CACGUAGGAUCAGCCUCCUGCUAAUUAGGCUCUGGUCCUCAGGGCCAGAUCGACUGGAUUCAAUCUUCACGCUUGGUGUUGCAUAUUUUCAAUGCUACAGGAAUUAUAAGCUACAGGAAGUGAACCCCCACGUCACAUUCUGCCACCUGUGCCUCUCUUUGCACCAACCAUCUCUGCCUUCUUCCUCGCACAUCUACAAAAGCUCACGGCGAUCCCACUCUCUCCUCCAUUGAUUGUGGAUUUGUGCAGAGUAAUUCGAUCUAUCGACUGAAGGAUGAGAGAGAUACUGCACGUGCAAGCAGGGCAGUGCGGGAACCAGAUCGGGGGCAAGUUCUGGGAGGUGGUGUCGGACGAACACGGCAUCGAUCCCAAGGGCAACUACGUGGGGCAGUCGCGGUUGCAACUGGAGCGGGUGAAUGUGUACUACAACGAGGCGAGCGGGGGGCGGUACGUGCCGCGAGCGGUGCUCAUGGACCUGGAGCCCGGCACCAUGGACGCCCUCCGCACCGGCCCCUACGGCCAGCUCUUCCGCCCCGACAACUUCGUCUUCGGCCAGAACGGCGCCGGCAACAAUUGGGCCAAGGGGCACUACACUGAGGGCGCCGAGCUGAUCGACGCCGUCCUCGACGUCGUGCGCAAGGAGGCCGAGAACUGCGAUUGCCUUCAAGGGUUUCAAAUCUGCCACUCUCUGGGAGGCGGCACAGGGUCGGGCAUGGGGACGCUUCUGAUUUCCAAAAUAAGGGAGGAGUACCCGGACCGAAUGAUGCUGACCUUCUCGGUGUUCCCCUCGCCCAAGGUCUCCGACACGGUGGUGGAGCCGUACAACGCGACGCUGUCGGUGCACCAGCUGGUGGAGAACGCCGAUGAGUGCAUGGUGCUCGACAACGAGGCCCUCUACGAUAUCUGCUUCCGCACCCUCAAGCUCACCAAUCCAAGCUUUGGUGAUUUGAACCAUCUGAUAUCGACGACGAUGAGCGGAGUGACGUGCUGCCUGCGGUUCCCGGGGCAGCUGAACUCCGACCUGCGGAAGCUGGCGGUGAACUUGAUCCCGUUCCCGAGGCUCCACUUCUUCAUGGUGGGAUUCACCCCGCUGACGUCACGCGGGUCGCAGCAGUACCGCGCGCUGACCAUCCCGGAGUUGACGCAGCAGAUGUGGGACUCCAAGAACAUGAUGUGCGCUGCCGACCCGCGGCACGGCCGCUACCUGACGGCGUCCGCCAUGUACCGCGGGAAGAUGAGCACCAAGGAGGUGGACGAGCAGAUGAUCGCUGUGCAGAACAAGAACUCGUCCUACUUCGUGGAGUGGAUCCCGAACAACGUGAAGUCGAGCGUGUGCGACAUCCCGCCCACUGGGCUCUCCAUGUCGGCUACCUUCAUGGGCAACUCCACGUCCAUCCAGGAGAUGUUCAGGCGCGUGUCGGAGCAGUUUACCGUCAUGUUCCGUCGCAAGGCUUUCUUGCACUGGUACACCGGCGAGGGUAUGGAUGAGAUGGAGUUCACCGAGGCGGAGAGCAACAUGAACGACCUCGUGUCGGAGUACCAACAGUACCAAGACGCCGUUGCCGACGCAGAGGAAGAAGAAGAAGCCUACGCGGAAGAAGACAACUAAUUAAGUGGCGAUAUCAUCUACACAUAUACAAGCAUGAAUGCAUAUAUCAAUGGAAUGUUUUCUUUCUGCGAUCGAUCGAGUUCGAAAUGUGUGAUCGAUCAGUGCUGUGGUUGAUUGUUCUGUUCUUCUCUUGUCGAUUUCUACACCUACGUUCAAUAAUUCCUUGUCAUGAAUAUUUGAGUGUAAUUCAUAGGUUUAUGCAGAUUAAGAAUGAGAUAUUUGGUUGUUCGAUUGAAA